UCACGGCUCAUUGUUUUGAUUUUUGGUGCGCGCCUUGUUGUGAAUUGCCUGUCCUUGUGUAAUGAAAGACAUAUAGCCUAGUAAACUAAUGACUUUAUUUAUUUUGUGUUGUUUUUAAAUUCUUUCAUAUAGACACUGCCACAUAUAUCCUGGCAUUUAUUUAGUUUCCUGUGUGGCACCGAAUGCUUUAAAGGCACUUAGACUGUAGCUGCAUGUAAAAUAGACUACAUACUAAAAGUCCACAUUACUGUAUUUAGUGAAUCAUGGACCCCAAUGCACUACUGUCCAGUAACGUUUGUCAGACACAUAUGAAAUGGGUUAAUGGAUUUACUGAGAUGUCGCCCAUCUGUUUACCCAGUAAACGUAAACGAAAUGAUGUGAAUAAUGUAAAUGGCAACGAAGAAGAUGGUCCUAAGGGUUUUCCCUCCAAAGAGAGCAUGAGGAAGCGUGGUUUUGUCGUGAUUGAUGGCCAGAGAGGUGUUUACUACUCCGAGAGCUGGGAGCCCAAUGGAAGCACUUUAUACCUGCCUGUAAAUGGCACUUUGUUAGCUAACAUUGAAAAAUAUGAUCAGAUCAGCUUUGAGCAGGGAUGCUUCUGCAUUGGCAAUGCAGCUGGUGGAUUUCAACAGAAAGUCCAAGGUCAAGCGAUCCAUUGCUGGCGAUAUAGUGAACGUGACCGAAAGCUUUUCAUUGCACUGUCUUACUUGUUCACAAACUUGCAAGUGUUCCAGGAAGUUGUCAGCGCUCUUGAUUGUCUCUGAGGAUUCUGGGUACACAGAGUUGGCCAGUGUCAUCUAAACUAAAAAGCACAGACCAAUCCUAUGUUAUUUAGCACAACCUAGAUUUAGUUUUGCAACAUCAUUAUGUUUCACUAAUAUGAAUACCGAUUUGUUUUUCAUGACAAACAGUUACUUAUAAGCGAUCCUGCAGCCUCAGUUAUUGCUGUGAACCAAAACGUAACAUGAAAAUACUGUUUUUAAGAUGCCUGUCAUGUGACACUUGUAAAGCUUCUGAUUUUGUGCACAGUAUUUUGUACUCUAAGAAUGUUUGUACCGCUAUAGUAUAUUGUUGUUGUAUGUGUUUUAGUUUUGCUUUUGGUGACUUUUUAUAUUUUUUUACAAUAAAAAGUAGGACUAAGAAAUAGAAA